AUGGCUUCCGUCAGCUAUGUUGCUGCUCGUGGGAUUUCCACCCUUCCCCGCGCGGAAGGUGUGGAGGCCUUCAAGGCCAAGGAGCAGGUCCAACUCAAGGAAAGCUCGUUGCUUGGGGAGAAGCUCAAUGUCUCUCGUCGUCAGGCCAUUCCUGUCGCGAAGACUGUCGUUCCCGUCUCAGCUUCCCUGUCAUCUGGCCCUCCAAGGAGCCACAAGCUCCGAGCUAGCAGUGCUGCCGCUCUCGAGCAAUUGAGGGUCUCAAACACAAACAGAUACACGAGCGAGAAGAGCAGCAUCAUUGUCGUCGGUCUGAGCGUCCACACCGCUCCAGUCUCGAUGCGUGAGAAGCUCGCCGUUCCUGAAGCCGAGUGGCCACGCGCCAUCACAGAGCUCUGCGAGUACCCCCACAUUGAGGAGGCCGGUGUUCUGAGCACAUGCAACCGCAUGGAAAUCUACGUCGUGGCGCUCUCCUGGCACAGGGGCAUUCGCGAGGUCACCGAGUGGAUGUCAAAGUCGAGCGGUGUUCCCGUCGAGGAGCUCCGCCCGCAUCUCUUCCUGCUCCGUCAAAGGGACGCUACGCAGCACCUUCUCCGCGUCUCUUCCGGCCUCGACUCUCUGGUGCUCGGGGAGGGUCAGAUCCUCGCUCAGGUGAAGCAGGUCUUCAAGGUUGGCCAGGGAGCCGAGGGCUUCGGACGCAAUCUCAACGGUCUCUUCAAGCAGGCGAUCGAGGCCGGCAAGCGUGUGCGUACCGAGACCAGCAUCGCCUCGGGUGCCGUGUCCGUCAGCUCUGCUGCCGUUGAGCUCGCCGCGAUGAAGCUCCCGGAAGCUGGCCUGAAGGAAGCUCGCGUCAUGAUCGUCGGUGCUGGAAAGAUGUCUCGCCUCCUGGUGAAGCAUCUGCUCUCCAAGGGUUGCAACACCAUGACUGUUGUUAACAGGUCCCUAGGCAGUGUAGAGCAGCUGCAGUCCGAGUUUCCCGACGCCACGCUCCUCUACAGGCCUCUUUCUGAGAUGAUGCAAGCAGCUGCUGAGGCUGAGGUGGUCUUUACCAGCACAGCUUCGGAGACUCUUCUCUUCGAGGAGUCCAACGUUCAGGGUCUCGGUCCUGCUGGCGAUCUCACCAACGGCGUCAGGCACUUCAUUGAUAUCUCCGUCCCUCGCAAUGUUGGUUCCUGCGUGGCCAACGUUCAGCAGACCCGGGUGUACAACGUUGAUGACCUCAAGGAGGUGGUUGCUGCCAACAAGGAGGAGCGGAGAAAGAAGGCACUGGAGGCUCAGGCUAUCAUUGAAGAGGAGCUUCAGGCCUUCGACGCGUGGAGGGAUUCCCUGGAGACGGUUCCGACCAUUAAGAAGCUCCGCCAGAAAAUUGAGGGCAUCCGACAGUCCGAGCUGGACAGAAUCCUGGCGAAGAUGGGUGAGGAGCCGACCAAGAAGCAGAAGAAGCUGAUUGAGGAGCUGAGCAAGGGUAUUGUGAACAAGAUUCUCCAUGGACCCAUGACCCACCUCAGGAGCGAUGGCAGUGAUGCGAGGACAGUGAGUGAGACGUUGGAGAACAUGUAUGCCUUGGAGCGAAUGUUCGACCUGGCUGCUGAGGAAGCCAGCGGCCGGCGAUGA